CUGCUGAAUUCCACCUACCUGUACUGAAUCCUGGGGAACUGCUGCAUCGCAACAGUGACCGAGUAUGCAUGGUAUUGGCAGCCCACGCACAAUACGAGCAUGCCAAUUGCUAUUGUUCGAAUGCCCUUCCAUAAUGACCACCUAUCCAAACCUCUUCCCACACCCGUGGUGAAGUGAGUUCCUCCUAUUGUGCCUCACAUACAAUACCAGACCCACGCCCGGCGAGCACCCUAUUAUCAUGAACCACUCCUAUUAUAACAUCAACACCAUUGUUCCCUAUAGCACAAUAGAGCAAAGACAGAAAUAUAAUAUCUUUUCCAUCCCCUCUCCCUCGAGCUUCCCUUUCCCUCCAAUAUCCCAUCCGCCUCCCAAUUGCAAACAACCAGCAGAAAUCCCCCCUUUUCCCAAUCUCCCCUUCAAAAAACCAUCAUAUCAUAAAAAUGUCUUCUUCUUCCUCCUCCUCUCCCUCCCCAUUCAUCUUCGCCCCCACAACCCCAACCUUCACCGCCGGCGGCAGGCCGCUGGCCGACCUCCAACGCCGCAUCGCCUUCCUCUCCAACCUCGUCCGCUCGAUGCGCAAGCGCGAACUCGCAGCCGACGCACGGGCCCUAGCCGCCAAGCGCGACUUCGACGUCCUGUUCGCUGCCUUCCACCACGCCGCAGCGCUGUACACAUGCGACCCGCGCAAACUACUCGAGAUGGCGGGCGUCGAAACGAGCAAGACGACUGCCGCAAACUCCGCAAACGACGCUGAUGACGAGUACUACGACCAACUGGUGCGCAUGCAGGAGCGUGUCGCCGAGCUCAAGUCGCGCAACGCCGAACUCACAAAAGACAACAAAAGGCUCCAGGACGAAUUGGGUUCCGCGCGCGAGGAGGUGUCGACAAAGGACACGGCGCUCUCCAGUGCGACGGCGGAUAUCGAGAAACUGCGAGACCAGCUGGCGCGCGCGCACGAGGACCUCGAGCACGAGCGCAAGAGCAACGAAGCCGCCGACGCGCUCCUAGCCGCCGCCUACGCCGACCACGAAAACACGAAGCAGCAACUCGACAAGGUGAAAGACGAGCGCGACGGGCACGAACUCGCGAUCGCGGACGCGCACCUGAAACUCGACAGUUUGAGGAGGGAGUUCGCGGAGCAGCAGGAGAAACUGGCCGAGCAGGAGCGUGCGGGGGAGAAUUUGGUGGUGUUGCAGAGGAAUGUUGAGGAGUUGGCUGAGGAGAUUGAUGAUCAGGCGAAUGCGAUUCAGGACCGGGAUCAUGUGUUAAAGGUCAAGGAUGCGAGGAUUGCGAAGCUUGAGGAGGAGUUGCAGAGGGCGUUGAAGGUUUCGAGGGUUGCGGAGGGGUUGGUUGAGGCGGUUGGGAGGACCGCGGAGGAGCUGGUGGUUUUGCCUGGAGGGAGUUCGUUGGAGGCUGAGUUGGGGGGGAUUGAGGAGGAUGAGGAGGAAGAAGAAGAAGAAUGGGAGGAGAGGGAGCGGCUCGAGUUGGUGGGUGUCAUUGAGAGCGCUUCGAUUAGCAUUGCGUCUGUGGACGUGUGGGUCGAGACGAGGGAGAAGGAGACGAUGACGGAGGUGGAGCCCAAGCCCAAGACGAGGGACAUGGAGACCAUGACGGACAUGUUGGAGAAGAAGGAGAGGGAGACCAUGACAGACAUCUCCGAGAAGAACUCGAUGCAGACCAUGACCGACACCGCCGCUCGCAAGUCCGACAAGCAAACCAUGACCGACGGCACCCUCACCCUCCCCAUCAUCGAGACAAAGACAAAGCACAAGCAUCCGCAAACCCAAACCCCUCCCACCUCCCCCUCCAGAUACCUCCUCGCCCUCCUCAUCCUCCUCUCCAGCAUCCUCUACGCCCAACUCCUCGCCCGCAACGAAGCUCUCGCCUCGUGCUCCGGCUACGCCCGCGGCGCAUACGGCUCCCCGGGUUAUCUGCUCGGUGUGGUUCCUUUCGGCUGGGACGUUGGGUCCGGGGCGUGGGAGGAGAGGGUGGGGAGGUGGGUUGCUAUGGCGGCCAUGGGGGUGGAGGAGUGGGUGGGUGUGGAGAAGUGGGUCGGGCAUUAG